AUGAUGUUACUCAAAUUUCGCCUUGCCCUUGUGCUCUGUAGUACCCUCGUUCGCGGCCUUCUUGAGACAUCAGGCCGCUCACUUGACAUAAACGGACAUGGCACCAAUGACAGCAAUGUGCCUUUUCUUCAACCUAUACAGUACACGAACACAGCAAGUCUCCUACGCAUUGCAUACUACGAUGAAGGACCACGAGACGGUCGGACUGUGAUCCUUAUGCACGGAUUCCCGUACGACAUCAACAGCUUCGCGGAGGUUGCACCGAGGCUAGUAGAACAGGGUUAUCGAGUUGUCGUGCCCUACUUGCGUGGCUAUGGAGAUACCCGAUUUCUUAACCAAUCUACACCGCGCAGCGCCGAACAGGCGGCGCUCGGAUACGACUUGUUAACCUUGAUGGAUGCGUUGGGAAUUGCACAUGCAAUUCUCGCUGGAUUUGACUGGGGGGCCAUUCCGGUCAACGUGGUUGCUGCACUCUGGCCUGAGCGAUGUGAUGGCAUGGUCGCAGUAGGCUGCUACCUGAUCCAAGACCGCAACACGGCAUGGGUGCCCUUAGACCCCGAUUCCGAAGCAGCGCGGUGGUAUUUUUACCUGUUCCUCACGCCACGCGGAAACGCUGCCUUGGAGCAGCAAUUAGUGGCAUAUAUCCGGGCCAUCUGGGCCAAGAACUCGCCGCAAUGGAAGUUCAGCGAGGCAGAACUCAACCGUACCUUACCUGCGCUGCACAACCCCGACUUCAUCAACAUCACUGUUGACUUCUACAGGAACAGACUUUUGUUCGCGCCAGGUGAUCCUGCAUAUUCUCAGCUUGCAGACGCACUCGACAAGCAGCCAUCUAUCUCUGUGCCGUCAGUGACGCUUGACCCCGAAUUCAGCACGACGUUCCCGGCAACGAACGGCUCAACAACGGCGAAGUACUUCACGGGCACGAGAGUGCAUCGCAUCGUAUCGGGCGUAGGGGAGAACAUCCCUCAGCAAAGCCCUAGUGCGUUUGUGGAUGCAAUCCUGGAAGUCGACAAUUUAUCUAGGGCCCGAAAAAGACUAGGCGUUUGA